UGCAUCACCAACACUUCAACUACAACGACGACCUCAAGUCCUCAACACCCUCGAGAACAUCUAUGGCGGACAUACACUGGGACCAGCCCAAGCUGACGCCUAACGCAUCGUCGCUUAGGAUCUUCGGGUACGACGUAGCCGGCGGUGGCGCUGACAUUGUCGUGCAGGCGGCUCCGCCGGCCGUGACGUUGCCACGGGACGUCGGCCGGCAGCCGGACGGGCGCAGGUUCGAGUGCCAGUACUGCUGCCGCGAGUUCGCCAACUCGCAGGCGCUGGGCGGGCACCAGAACGCGCACAAGAAAGAGCGGCAGCAGCUGAAGCGCGCGCGCCGGCUCGCCGGGCGCGUCGUCGUCGACGGCCCUGCGGCAGGCAUGGGUUUCUGCACCGCCAGCUUUGCACCGUCGCCGCCCGGGCACGUGAUCGCCGUGGGCCACGCCGGGUCGGCUGCAUACCCGCCGGGCGCCGUCCCCAGCUGGGUCUACCUCGCGCACCACCAGCCGACCCUUGCCCUGCCGUUCCACGCUGUUCCACCCGGCGUGUGCAACACCGAAUCGCUGGUUCUCCGCGGUGGCACCGGCAGCAGCAGCGCUCAGUCAUACGAGGUGCGCACUCCGGAAGAUGAUGGCGCCGAGGAAGCCUCGGCCAUGGGGCUGGACCUCCAUCUCAGCCUUGCUCCGGCCAGUUAAUCGUCACUCUGGAUUAAAUCGUUCCCUCACACGCCGAUUGAACCACGGAAUAUGCUCUACCUCGCAAGAGGCCAAGGCUUAUGUUGGUGUACAUUUCUUCCGUUCCUUUAUUUAGGGAAAUCCCUUUCAUUGUUCAUACCUCGGUUGAUGUUGCACAAAUACCCACAAAAUAUAUAUGUGCGUGAUCAAUCAUCAAGUCAUUAAGGCAGUAAUUGGUGUAAGCAAAUUCUAUAAGACUUUGUUAAAAAGAUCCUCGUGAGACUCUAUCUAUACCAUUUAUUCCGUGAUCUAAUGGUUGGACUGAAGAAGAGAGAGUGAGAGUAGAUAAGUGUCAUCAUAGUGAAGAAGGUUUUCGUAGGAUAGGGUUGUAUAAAAUUUGCUUUCUUAAUUGGUACU